UAUCGAAUAGGCUGCAGUAGUUUAUUACGUAUCGUUUUAUCGAAAAGGAGAUCAACUGAAAGUUGCACCGAGAAGUGAUAAUUUUAAACUAAAGUCAGAACGUUGUCAAGGAAGUUCUUAUUUUAACCAUAUACGAUAAUUAUUAUCUUACAUUCUCACAACGUGUGGAAGUCUAUACCAUGGAUCCUACUGAUAAUAAUGCUGCACACAAUGGACAUUCAGAAGAAAGUGGCAAUAGUAAGAUUUCGCCAAAUAUUCCAGUAAAGAAGUUUUAUAGAGAACCUUACCAUAGGGUGUUUGUGAAUAGAAGUCUCAGUUUGGAAAAAAUCAAAUUCUUUGGCUUUGAUAUGGAUUACACUUUAGCAGAAUACGUUUCACCAGGUUAUGAAGCUUUAGGCUUUAAGCUCGUUGUGGACAGACUCGUUUCCAUUGGUUAUCCUCCUGAAAUACAAGAUUUUGAAUAUGAUCCUUCUUUUCCUAUUCGAGGGCUUUGGUUUGACACAUUAUAUGGGAAUCUACUCAAAGUUGAUGCUUAUGGUAACAUUUUAGUGUGUGUUCAUGGUUUCAAGUUUUUGAAAACGGCAGAACUAUUUAACUUGUAUCCCAACAAGUUCUUGAUGUUGGAUGAAUCUCGAGUAUUUAUCUUGAAUACUUUGUUUAACUUGCCAGAAGCCUACUUGCUGGCGUGUGCUGUUGACUUCUUCAGUAAUGCUUCAGGAUACACUUCGACCAAGGCUGGAGUUCGAAAAGGAAAUUUGUACAUGUCUUACAAGUCUAUUUUUCAAGAUGUUAGAAAUGGAUUUGACUGGCUUCAUAGCAUUGGAAAUCUUAAAAACGAAACUGUUGCCAAUCUAGAAAAGUACGUCAAAAAGGAUGAAAAUCUCCCGGUAAUGUUUGAUAGAAUGAGAGAAAAUGGAAAGAAAGUGUUCCUAUUGACAAAUAGUGCAUAUUCUUAUACAGAGGAGAUCAUGACAUAUUUGUUUGACUUUCCAAGCUGUAAUGGGAGAGACUGGAAAUCUUACUUCGAUUACAUUUUGGUUGAUGCAAAGAAGCCGCUGUUCUUCAGCGAAGGAACUGUACUACGACAAGUAGACUCAAAGACUGGAGAUCUUAGGAUUGGAACUCACAUGGGUCCACUACAGCCUGGACAAGUGUAUUCUGGAGGGAGCUGCGAGGUGUUUACUGAGCUGAUUGGAGCUAAGGGUAAAGAUGUACUGUAUGUAGGAGAUCACAUCUUUGGAGAUAUCUUGAAGUCCAAGAAAAUGCGUGGCUGGAGAACUUUUCUAAUUGUUCCUGAGCUGCAGAGGGAACUUUAUGUAUGGAUAAAGGAAAGGAAACUGUUUGACAAGCUUCAAGAAUUAGACAUUAUGCUGGGGGAAACCUACAGGUAUUUAGACAGCAGUGCCAAAAGAAAACCAGAACUUGGAAAAAAGAGGUACAAAAUGAGGGAAACUUCCCACAACAUAGAUAUGUCUUAUGGUAUAUUAGGCAGCACGUUUCGUAGUGGCUCCAGGCAGACAUUUUUUGCCAGUCAGAUCUGUCGAUUUGCAGAUGUUUAUGGAGUAUCGUUUUUCAACCUGAUGCAUUAUCCUUUCUGUUACAUAUUCCGUGCCCCUCCAAUGUUGAUGCCUCAUGAAUCAACUGUAGAGCAUGAUCCUGGGGCUGUCCAACACUUUGAGAAUCAAAUCAAUGGUGAAUUUUAUGAAGCAGAAAUUAAAGAUAGUGCUUUGGUAAACAAAAGUGAUGGUAAUCAUGUAAUCUGUCGAACAUCCAGGGAGGAUGAUCACUUAGGCUAUCACCCCUCCAGGUUAGAAGAUGAAUCCUCAGGACGACGACGUGCCAGAGCUGAUAGUUUAGUUCCUCAUCUGUAUGCUGAAACUCCAAGUAAAAUAACUCAUCAUCAUGACAUUGAUGAUGAAGAUGAAUCGAGUGACAAGUCUUCCACAGAGCAGUGAUCUUUCUUCAGUCAUUAUGCAGAUUUGAAUGCAUCUUUACCAUAUUUUAGAAUUGAGGCCUUAUGUCAAAUUCUUGCUCAUUUGAAACUAGUUCUUUAUAUUUAGGAUGAGGUAUUUUAACUAUAUCUGUAUGUGUUUACAAUUCUUUUUUGUAUCAAAUAACCAUUGUUUCCAACUUUGUUUAAUUUUUAAUAGUAAAAUGUGUUUGGUUUUCUGCAGUUCUCUAAAAACUUAGGAAUUUAAUAGUUCAUUGAAGAUGUGUUCUGUACUGUAACAUUGCACAAAAAGUAAGGUAAACCUGUUACAAUGACUUCUUUCUUGUCCUUCAAAUUGUGCUUCCUGAUUUUGUGAUUUUUUUAAAAGUUGCUUUAGUAGUAUUCUAUUAUAUAGAACUUCUUUUGUAGCUUUCUCGUUCCUUAAGGAGUUUUUGUAGUUUUUGAUUUGAUUUUUUAACUUGAUAAAAAAAUGAAAAUGUAUACUUUAUAAAUCAGAUUUUUUAAACUCUGUAUUUACUUGUCUUGCUCAGUGCUUAUAGAGUUUUUUUAGUUAUUGUUUAAAAGUUUUAUUUUAAUGACAUGUUUACAUGUUAUUGUAUUUCAAAUAUUAUAGACUAUUUUAUUUAAAAUGUUAAAUUUUUAUGUUAAUAGUACCACUAUUUUGCAAGUUUAAAUUCUAUAUAUAAAUACAUAUGGGGAAAAUUACUACUAUUGCACAAAAAAUAUUUAUAUUUUCCUUUCCUGUGUCAUGAUAGCAGCCAUGAAGUGUUCUUUUUUGUCAGUAUUUUAUAAGAAACAAGGUUUACUGUUUGCAAGGUGGCUUUACCACAACAAAUAACUUGUGAAACUACUAUAUUCUGUAGUUUAAUUAGUGUUCUUUCAGUGUUUUCAUGGCAACCCUAUCAUUUUCUCCUUCAUAGUUAGAUAAUACAAUAUCCUUAUUCUCUGCUGUAAUAUUACAAUGAGUAUCAAGGGUAUAUAAGGAAACUUCUAUAUAACUAAUGCUAUAAAGAAAAACAAAUGUAUUAGCAGGUUUAAAGCAUUCUUAUGUUAUCAGAGUUAAAUAAAGUUACUUGCCCUGCACAGUGAA